AUUUAUUAUUUAUUAUUUAACGCAACUCUGAAUCUACCAAUACGGCAACAAGUCCAAUAAGAAUUAAAUGAAAAUAAAAAUGCCUCCUGGAACAAGUGCGGUCACUAUGUAUAUCGUAUACCGUGGUCACCUCCGAUCAAUCAUCCGUCACUGCUAUACAAAUUUUGGAAAAGGUAUCUUUUCACAUAACAUGAUGCUAUACAAAAAGUGAACUAACUGGUUUUAACUGAGAUGAUAUGCUGUCCAGCGCGACAAAAUGGGUUAACAAGUCAAUGGGUAUAUCCAGAAUUAAUUCGCAUCCAGACUAAUCACUAGGCCAUUUUUACAUUCCUACGUGCAUAUAUUUGUAAAAUUAAAUAGAAGGGGUUGAAAAUGCUAGUUCUUUGGUUUCUUAUUUUUCUUUUAAUUUUGUUCUACGUAAGGCACUUCAUAAAAUGGAAACAUGGGCCUCCAGGUCCUCUUCCAUUGCCACUCGUGGGCAACUUGGUUCAACUAAUAAUGAUGGGAACACAACCACAUUUGGCCAUCGCACGAUUAUCGAAGAAAUACGGAGACAUUUUCAGACUACAAAUCGGGACUCAAGAUUUCGUGUUUGCCAGUUCAAUUGAGGCCCUUGUAAAUCUGUACACAAGAGAUGAAGCUUUGGGUAGAGAUGUGUAUGGGACAUUACUUGACCGAAGCGCAGGACAAAAUACUGGAAUUAUAAUGGCUGUGGGAGAAACAUGGGAAAUUAACCGGAAAUGGACAUUCAAAACUUUAAAUAGACUUGGCCUCAGGAAGGGGUCUGGAAUUGAAGACUCGAUCAAUGAGCAGUGUGACUUUGUCGUGAAGUCCUGUGAAACUGCACUAUCGACUCGCGGAACGGGCUGGGUUGCCAUUGACGUGUCUCCAAUGUUUCUAAUUCCUGUGACCAAGGUGGUUUUCAGACUCGUCAUGGGAGAUCGCAUCGAUGAUGCCGACAAUGGAGCUGCGUUGGAAAAACUGAUUUAUUUAAGUGAAGAGAUGGCAAAGAGCACUUCGCUUGGAGCUGGACUGGACGCUGCCUUUCCAUUCCUGAGGUUUAUUGUUCCAAAAUUAACUGGUCGGAAUGUUCAGAUGAAGUGUUACACAUCCAUUAGAGACGCUGCUCAGAAACUACUAGAUGCCAUUAGACUAGAACAAAAAAGUUCUUCCUUGAAUGAUGACCCCAAAUCUUUGGCACACUUGUAUAUUCAAGAAAUGGAUAAUGACCCUUCAAGCGCUUUAUUCUCUGAUUUCCACUUUGGAAGUUUAUACAUGGAUUUAUUACAGGCAGCUUCUGACACCACGAAUUCCUACCUGCAAUGUCUCAUUUUAUUCUCUGUAACUCAAAGGAGCUGCCAAGAAAAAAUAUAUGAAGAAAUUGUCAACAUAAUUGGCACAUGUAAUCGUGCAACGUUGGAGCAUCGUAGACUAAUGCCGUACACUGAAUCUUUCAUGCUAGAAACCCACAGACAUUCCAAAAUUGUCCCUACUUUACUUCCGCACAAGAUUACUAAAGAGUUUACCAUUGGAAAAUAUAUCAUCCCGCAGGAUACUCAAAUACUGGCUGACAUUCACUCUGUAAAUUUUGAUGAACGAAUAUGGAAAAAUCCCAUGGAAUUUGAUCCAACCCGAUUCCUUGAUACUGAUGGAAGUGUUUCAAAGGAAAAGCGAAAGUUAUGUGUCCCGUUUGGAGUUGGUCGAAGAGCGUGUCCAGGAGAAUCUGUAGCAGAAUGGACUGCAUUUAUAUUUCUUGUCAAUAUUAUCCGCAGUUUUAUGCUGGCUGUCGUGCCAGGUGAAAACCCUCCCAUGACAGAAAUGCAUGUCGGAAUAACUUCAGGGCCCCAUCCUUUCAAGGUUGCCAUUUCGAGGCGAGAAAUAAAUUAAUAACAGAAAUCGAUAACGCUCCUUUGUUAGAAUUUCAUCAGUUAUGGCGCGAUUUUAAUAAUCUGAAAUGGUUAAAUAAAUACAAGAAGAAUGAUUAGCUAGUAGUAAA